AGUCCUCCGCCUGUCCUGCCUGGAAGGAAGGGAUAAGAGGCUGCGACCUCAGCACCACUCGGACGCCGCAGCCGAGAGAGGACGCCUGCAGCAGGAGGUGACCGGGAGGAGACUCCUAGGAUGUCUGAGCUGGAGAAGGCCAUGGUAGCCCUCAUUGAUGUUUUCCAUCAGUAUUCGGGAAGGGAGGGCGACAAGCACAAGCUGAAGAAAUCUGAGCUAAAGGAGCUCAUCAACAAUGAGCUUUCGCAUUUUUUAGAGGAAAUCAAAGAGCAGGAGGUUGUGGAUAAAGUCAUGGAAACACUGGACAAUGAUGGAGACGGCGAAUGUGACUUCCAAGAAUUUAUGGCCUUCGUCGCUAUGGUUACCACUGCUUGCCACGAGUUCUUUGAACAGGAGUGAGAGAGAAAGCAGCCAGGCAGGAAUGAAGGCGGCUUAGGGAAGCAAAGGGCAAGGGCUUGCAGGCUGCGUAGGGGCUGAGCCUUCCAGCCGCGGUGUAGCUCAUUAGGAAGCCUGAUUUGCUUUGUGAGUGAGCAAUUGAAAGCCUCUUUGCAGGAGCUGUUUCACUCAGCUCACAUGGUUACUUCUGCUGUCUUAGGCAAUGCGUAGGCUGACUGGUCCCAGGCCUCUCGGUAAUACACUUUCAGGAAAGUCCAUUCUGUCACGAAACACGUGCGGCACACACUGCGCAGCUGCGAGAAUCCUAACCAGAGAAGACGGAGUUGCCACAGUUCCCCUGCAGCAUCAUGAAGGCUUCGGUUGCAUCCAAACACGCACACGUUCGAAAGCUUGCCCGUCCUUAGGUGCGUCUGUCGUAGUGCAAAUAAAGCCGAUGGCAGUCA